AUGAAUCAUAGAAGAAUUAAGGUAGCAGGUAUUGGUGAAGUUGUUUGGGACUGUUUCGGAGAUAUUAAAAAACAAGGAGGAGCACCAUGCAAUUUUGCUAUGCACAUGGCACAACUUGGUUUUGAAUCAUAUGCUUUUAUUGCUGUUGGAAAUGAUGAAUUAGGUAAACGUUCAUUAGAAAUAAUUCAUUCAUUUGGGGCCCAGACCAUUGAUCCAAUUGUAGGUUAUGAAACAAGCACUGUUAUUAUCACUCUUCACAAUGGGAUUCCAUCUUAUAACGUUAAACUAAAUGUUGCCUGGGACCAUUUAAAAUUGACAGACCCUGUCAUUGAAAAAGCAAAAGAAUUAGAUGCAGUUUGUUUUGGAACUAUUGCACAAAGAAGUGAAGAAACAAGACAAUCCAUUAUUCAAUUUUUAAAAUUAAUGAAACCAAAUUCGUUCAAAGUCUUUGAUGUUAAUUUAAGACAACAUUUUUAUAAUGAUAAUAUAAUUCAAGAAAGUUUAUCAUUAUCAAAUAUUGUUAAAAUGAGUGAUGAAGAGGUUCAAGAAGUAGGUAAAGCUUGUGGAUUUCAGGGAAGUGAUUUGGAAAUAUUAAAACAAAUUCAUCACCAGUACCAUUUGAAAUACUCAUUACUCACACUAGGUGAAAAAGGAAGUUAUGUUUAUGACGGUGCUAAUGAAAUAUUUUGUGAGUCAACAAAAGUAAAUGUUGUAAAUACUGUUGGUGCUGGAGAUUCCUUCACUGCUAUUUUUGUUGGUUCAAUUCUUAAAGGGAAAGAUAUUGAACAAGCACAGAAAUUAGCAAGUAAAGUUGCUAGUUAUGUAUGUACCCAAGAUAGUGCAAUGCCUAAACUCCCACAAGAACUCUUAUCUGAAUUAAAAUAA